AAACUGCCGUUGAACGGUCGUGUACUAAAAUGCCGUUAGCAGAUAUGACGUCAAUUAUGUGACGCGUUUGACAGUACUAGCAGAUUCGUCAUCAAAUUGACGGCAUCUUAUUAUACUGCCGUUACAGCUGUUAGUGCAUGUUACUUAAUAUACUAUAUUUGCCGAGAGCGUAUUCAAAGUUAAAGUGGUUGUUGUUAAUCAUUGUUGGAACAACUUGUGCCAAAUAUGAACUAAAUCUGAUCUGUUGAUAUAGAAUGAGGUAAGUGCUAUAGUCCAUACGUUUUCUAAUUGCUCUUAUCUACUUUUAGUUAAGUUAGGUUUAGAUACCUAUUAUACAUGCCAAGAAUGUUAAAAGUUGGAGAUAGAUUUACCUCAUUUGCGGAUGCAAAAAAAGCCAUCGCGGAACUUGGUGACAAUACGUAUACGACAUUUUGGAAACGAGAUGCACGUACUAUUGCAAGUAGUAAAAUUGCUAGACAAAUAAAAAGUUCUUUAAUAUAUUAUCAACUUGUUUAUGCAUGCAAUCAUGGUGGAAGGAAAUUCAAGAGCAGUGGUAAGAAAAUUCGGCAGUCUUGGACAUUUAAAGAAGAUUGUCCUGUACAUGUAAGAUUCAAGGCAUCAUUAGAUGGAAAUGCAUUAGAAGUAACGUCGAUUCAAAGCCAGCACAAUCAUGACACAUCUAAAGUCUUAUAUGCACAUACCCCUAGUCAAAGAAGGCUGUCUAGCAACAUGAAGGAAAGUGUAAAAGAUUAUUUGAAUAUGAAAGCAAAUAGAAAAAUGAUACAACAAAAAUUGCAAGAAAGCACUGGUAAAAUCAUUACUUUGCAAGAUUUAACAAAUAUAACCAAAAAUGACCAAUCCAAAACAGAAAAUCUGGAUAACUGCUUAAAAAUACUCAAAACGAAAUAUGGUGCCCAUGCAGCUGUAUUGCGAGACGUAGACAAUAAUUUUAGGGGUCUUUUUAUUCAAACGCCAGCUAUGAAAAGCACCAUGAAUGCAUUUCCAGAAUUUCUUGCAGUAGAUGCAACAUAUAAAUUACUUAAAAUAGGAUUACCCGUUUUUCUUAUAAUUGUAGAAGACGGUAAUUGUCAAACUGAAAUAGUGGGUGUGUGUAUACUGGCAUCAGAAGGUAGACAAAGUUUCACCUGGUUCUUAGAAACCUUUAAAAGUGAGAAUCCAGCAUGGAUAAACGUGAAAUGCAUAAUGACUGACAAGGACUUACAUGAAAGAGAAGUAAUUAAGAAUUGUUUUCCUAAUGUAAACCUUAUAAUAUGCGUGUUCCACACAUUGAAAAUAUUUUAUCGUGAAAUUUCGUGUCAAAAAAUGGGAAUUACUCCAAGUCAGCGUACACUUAGUUUAGAACUAAUUCAGAAAUUGGUCUACGCUAAGACAGAUGAUGACUACGAAAAAUACAUGCAAGGCUUAAAAGAUAGUGUACCUCGAACAGUGUAUGAGUAUUUUAUGAAAAACUGGCACAACACUAAAGAUGAGUGGAAUCUAGGGAAAAAUUAUUUUAAGAACAGUUUUUUAAAUAACCGUCUGGAAUCUAUUAACGCUAAACUAAAGUCAGUUAUAAACAAAAAUAGUCCUUUGGAACAUUUUAUAAACAGCUUGUUUACAAUUAUUUCAAGUUUGGAGACAGAAAGGGAUCAUAAAGCAGUUUAUGGUAUUUUAAAAAAACCUGUCGACAUGUUUCCCGAAGACUCAGAUGAAAGAAAAUAUUUCAAACUGCUCACACGUGAAGCUUCAAAGCAUGUUUUAAGAGAAAUUCGUAUUUCGGAACAAAUCAGAAGUAUUACUGUUUCUGCAGAUGGUUAUUACAUCAUUACUGAUAGUCGGGGGUCCACAAAAACUACAGUUUCUUCGUGUAAUUGUGUAAUGUAUGAUGCAAUGAUUUUACCCUGCAAGCAUAUUUUUGCAUUGAGGCGGCAUUUACAUGUAGAGCUUUUUGAUAGAAUGCUUGUAAACCACAGGUGGACCAUGGAUUAUUAUAAAGGCAAGCAGCGAACAUUAUAACGUCUUUGCUUGAAGACAAUGAAUCGACAGGAUAUCACUUGCCAUGUACAUCUAAUGAUAGCACUAUAUCUGUAUCACUGACCACACAAGGGCAUCAACCAAUAUAUUCCUAUGCACAAAGAAGAAAAAAAUGUCUUCUGUUAUGUACUGAACUUGCCGACUUAGCAGCACAACGUACGGGCAUGUUAUUUGAGCAAAGGCUUAAUCUAUUAAAAAAUCUCAAAACAUUGUGGGCUAAUGAUACUGCUGUUCUACUUACG